CAGAAGCAGCUCACUCGACUGAACUGGACUGAAGCAUAAAUGUAAGCAGAGACUACCCACCUCUGCAGCUCCUGUCGACAUCACUAUGGAGGACAGUAUCUCUGAGAACUUUCCAGAAGCACCAAUAUCAGGAUCUGAGCAUGAUGCUCCACAAACUACCUGGACAGAUGAAGACACAGAAGAAGAAGAAGAUGGAACUUGGGAGGACGUUUUCAAGAAUGCAGAUGACUUUCCCGUUGAUUAUUCGAUGGAUUUUGAGGACCCAGAGUGGGAAGUGAGUGAGUCUAGAGGUAUGAAGGUUGACGUGAGAGAGAAAAGCUGCGUUGACAGCACAUGGAUGUUCAAGCUGAGAAAGAACCUGGACCAGCUGGACAGCUUUUACAAGCAGAAGGAGCUCAACGUGUUGAAGGCCAGAGAGGAAUUGAAAGCCUGCCGUCUCCACCUGACUGAGCUGGAGAAGGAGAGGGACAACUUGGAGUCGGAGAUAGAGAGGGAGAAACAAGCAGAGAACAGCGCGGCCGUGUUCCGCCUACGUGCCCGGCACAAGUGUCUGUGCGCACAGCUCCAAGGAGAGGAGGAGCUGGAGGCUCAUCUAGCCAUGGUCCUGCAGGAGCAUGAACUGGAGCUGUGUGAGGUGGAGGUAGAACUUGGUCGGUUCCUCAGCCUGCGCCAGGAGGUGGAACAGGAGGAGAAGAAUUUCCAGGCCCAGAAACAGGAGAAACACAAUCAACGAAUCCAGCGCGAGAAGAACAUUGCCAAAGGAGCCAGACUGAGAGCACUACGUGCCAAAAAUGAACAGGAGAUGGCUUUGCAAGAACAGGCAGAGCUUGACCAGAGGAGACGGGAUCAGGCCCUGGCUGGUCGACGGAAAGCUGUGGUUUUCCUCAAACAGACUCUCAACAGGAUGCGCCAGAAAGAGGCAGAGAGAGAAGAGAAGAAGAAAGAGCUGAUGAAGAGGAGGAUGGAGGCAGCGGUAUCACUGAAGGCCAAUAUAGCUGCCACUCAGGAAACACUGCGUGUUAGACAGGCCAAGGAGAAGGCUCGCUUGCAGAAACGAAGAGAGGAUGAGAACCGUCGGAGAGAAUCACUGCAACAAGCAGGCGUGAACAGCAUCAAACUCAUGCACCUGCAGAAAGCACAGGAGGACCUACACAAAAAGCAGGAGGAAUUCCAGGAGAGGCAGAAAGCCAGGCGGAUUGAGAUCGUUUCCAAACUGCUCCUGGAAGAAGAGAUGAAGGAGAAGCUGGAGAAACGGCAAGCACUCCUUUUUCCUCCAACACCGCCUCAUAUGACUGAGAGCGCAGCGCUGAAGCGGCGAGAGCAGAGGCUGCUCAAGAGCAUCCUGCCUCCACCACCACGAGCAGAGAGAGAGGAGAGCCCGACCCGGCGCUCAGUGUCAUCUCCUUUCAGCUCCAGAAGUGACGUCAGCAUCUCUCCAGACUUCCUGAAGGAUGAGAGGAGGAAGGAGGGAGGUAAAACAGUGGAGGAAAAAGGACAGCAAGAGUGCCUGGUCCAGCCUGAGUUCACUGGCCUCUGGGACCGCAAGCACAGUGAUUACACGGGCACAACAGAUGAAGACAUUCCUCUAAAAGCAGCUCAUUUGAGGUCUAUGAAGACAGGCCUGGAGAGAAGUUUGGCUUCAAAAGCUGGCAAAAAAUCUGCAGGUGGCAAAGAAAUAAAAGGUCCAUCGUUCGUCAGCAAGCCAGAAAUCGUCCUCUUUAAGGAUUUUGAUGUUGGAAAGACAUAUAAGAAGAAGGUUGUACUCACAAAUGUCUCUCACGCCACAAAUUACUGCAGACUUCUGGGAGUUUCACAGAGUCUCAUGGAUUUCAUAUCAGUAAGUUUUGAGCCUCCUGGGCCAAUGUCUGCAGGCAUGGCAUGUGAACUGAAAGCUGUUUUCAAGCCUGUGCUGAAUGAGAACUUGGAAGGUGAGGUCCAGUUUCAGUCUGCUACUGGGCCAUUUUCUGUGAUCAUCAAGUGCACAAGGAAAAAAUGUGAGAUGGUUGUUGGUAGCAGCCUCAUUGACUUUGGCACCCAUGUGGUCGGGCAGACAAUUUCACGGGUAAUCACCCUGACCAACAGGGGGGCUUUGGGUACUCGCUAUGCACUGGCUACCCUCUCCACCAAUUGCCGUCAGCUUCACCAUCUAUCCAAGAAUUCUUCUUCUAGUGUGCAGGUACCUGGAGAAAGCAGCAGUGUGAAACUUGCUGCUUCAUAUCGUGCCCCAGAAGAAAUUCAACCAGAGCAUGAAAGCACUGAGUGCAUAACUCAGUCAGAUGUAAAAUCAGAUGCACCCCCUGCCAAUGACACCUCCCUAGGUGUUGAGGUGAUCAGAGCCAGUCAGGAUUCAGGAGGCGAUGGUUUGGAGGAGAGCACAAUCACAGGGGUUGACCAGGAUGGAUCUGAGGUCAAUGAAAUCAGCAUUGGAGAAGUGCAUGAGGGCGAGGUGGGCCCAUUCGCUAGUGUCAAACUGCCCAUCGUUUUCACACCGACCAUUCCAGGGGAAACCAAGCUAGAUAUCCAGAUCACCUUCUCACAACUGGACUGUGAAGCGAUUGUGGUGUCAGCCCGCGGUGUAGCAGAGAGUGUUCCUGUGUGGGUGACCAAGCCGAGCAUGGACCUGAGAAUCUGCAUGUACGAUCGUCUUUACCAGGACAGCAUUGAAGUUCAAAGCAGAGCCAGUACGGCCCUCAAAGUGACAUUUGAGGUGUGUAAAGAGCUGAAGAACCACAUGAAGAUCCUGCCUAAAACUGGCUUUAUCCAGGCCAAGUCCAGCUUCCAUGCCCAGCUCAAGUUUCUGCCCAGACGUAGCUUGCCAGUGGAUGCCAAAUCCCUCUUUGACCAGAAAACAGGGGUCCUGGAGGUCCCUUUGUUUAUACAGGUGGCCGAUCAGGUGAGACCCGUUCCAUUCACAGUCCACGCAGUUGUCACUACAUCCGAUCUGGAGUUUGACUGCACCGAGGUGGACUUUGGCCACUGCUCCGUCUUUGAGUCGGUCCAGACCAGCAUCCGGCUCACCAACCACUCUUUAUUGCCACAGGACUUUGGCUUUGUGGGCAUUCCAAAGUUCAUUGAUGUUCAGCCUAAUGAUGGCUUUGGCACCCUGCUCCCACUGCAAACCCUGGAAAUCGAUCUGAUCUUCAGUGCUUCAAAAGCUGGAGAAUACAACUUUAAGCUGAACUGCAAGUCUGGAAUUAACAGAGACUUCAUGUUAUCAUGUCGUGCCAUUGGUGUCCGCCCUUUACUGGAGCUUUCUGGUUCAGUGGUGCAGUUUGGUGGUACAGCAGUAGGAGACCACUCCACUGCUGUGCUGUAUGUGGUGAACUCCCAUACCAGCUGCAAUGAGUAUACACAUGCUGUGCCGCGGGUGGGCAAUGGCCCCAUACCUUCUGUGGGUCCCAGACUCUUCGCAUUCGCCACGCCAGAAAAUUCUGAAAUCACGGUGACCCCUGCUACAGGACGCGUUCUGCCCGGACAGAGGUGUCUGGUGCAGGUUACUUUCAGCCCAUCUCUGUCUGAUGAUGACGUCAGGGCGGAGGCUGUUCGGUUGGUGUGCCAUAGUGAGGAGCUGUGUGUGCAGGAAAUUCAGAAAGCUAAUGCUGAGGCCAGCUACAGCAAGAGCACAGAGCCUAAAACAGUGAACAAAAAGGAGACGCAGCAGGAUGCAAAGAAAGGAAAGAAGCCUCCCAUAAACCAUGGCUCGGGCAGACUAUCUGUGAGGGAGAAGGGCAGCAAAACAUCUCUGACCCCAAAAAGUGACAGUCCCUUUCAGCCCCCAAAUCCAGCAGACAUUCAGAAGGGUUCAAAUGAGUAUGCAGCAGGAAAGGCCUCUCUCCUUCGCUGUUUUAAAGAGCGAUACAGUCGUUAUGUCAUCCCCUGCUUUGUGUCCAACAGCGACAUUACGCAACCGGAGUCUGAGGAGUCUGUAUACAGCCCCUAUAACACCCUCUACCUGGAACUGCAUUGCCCAGCUGUCAGACCAGCACUGGUGGUCAUUUCUGACAAUGGGGAGACCACAGUUGACUUCAACCAGGUGUUAGUAGGUCAGAAAGUUUUGAAAAAGGUGACAAUCCAGAACAUUUCAUCAGAGUGUGUGAAGCUGAAGUCUUCACUGUUGGAUCUAUAUGGGCCAUUCUCUGUGCUGAACGCUAUGAGAGAGGUCAGACCUGGAGACACCCACACGCUACUGCUGGCUUUCGUACCAGCAUUGGCAAAAAAGUACCGUGAGACGCUAGAGGUCAGCUGCAGUAAAAUGGCUCUGGAGUUUACAUUGUGUGGGGAGGGCCUUGAGCCUCUUGUCACCUGCUCACUUGAGGGGGGGGUUAUGAACUUCGGAUAUGUGCUGGAGAAAGAAAGUGCCACCCAAGUGUUCACACUGCAGAACUCUUCCUCUCUGCUUGUUCAGUUCAGUGUGUUGUUGGACAGUCUCUGCCCUUCCAAACACAGCGACAACCGCUUGCUCCCGGCAUUCAUCUCAACACACUCUACACCAAACACAACUUUGGGCACUCAGAACUAUAGUGGGCAGAGUGUGUUCACUGUAUCUCCCAUAGGCGGCACUGUCGGCCCUGGAAAAUCUCAAGACAUCACUGUGACCUUCCAGCCUGACCAUGAAAGUCUACAUUACCGGGACAUACUCAGAGUGCAGCUUAUGAACAAACAAACCGUGUGUGUUGUGCAGUUACGGGGUGCAGCACAGUGUCACACCAUGUUUGUGUGUGGUGGGGAUGCGUUAGACGUAUGCUAUGAAUCGCUCAUCCCCAAACACAUAUACAGCACAGCACAAACAGAACGCACAGGGGCUGAGAAGCCACCCACACCGGUGUUGUUGACUUUGAAAAGUGUGUAUGGUGAGGGUAGGGUGAUGACAGCAAAGCGUGAGUUAGAGGUGGGCUGCAUUCGUACUGCACAGCCAGUCCCCAAGAAGAAUGUGGACUUUCUCUGGGAGAACCUGGCUGCUCUGCAGCAGCAUGGCUUCAGUGUGGACCCCACCAAAGGAAGUGUGGAUGCGGGACACAGGCGCAGCGUCACUGUCACUUGGACCCCCCCUGCUGGACACCUUCCCAAUGAAGUUGCUCAGGUGCGUGUUCCCUUGAUUUUGAAAGGAGACGAGACUGAAGUGUAUAGCGUCACUCUCAUGGCCUACAUAUCCCACAACACUCACUCUGGAUAGGACUUUUGAAGAACUUUAUGAAAAACUUUUCAUUCUUCUGUAAACACACUGUGAUUUUAGACUUCAUGCAUUUAUAUUUAUGGUGUCAAUAUUAAACACCUCUUUAUUACUUCAAAUAAUCAAAGAGUUCUAAUUCACACUCUGUUGUUUCUGUUACUCUACGGUCCUGAUUUAUAUGCAGUUGUAUGGUUUUACUCACCAUAUCUGCUCCUACACUUUUACUGAUGAUUGCCAAUAAGUAAAGUACAUUCGUCACUUUCACAAAUCCUGUGAUUUGUUC